AACGAGGGUUAAUCACGGUAACCUCCAUCGCGCCGUCGCUUGGCUACGGAAUCUCAUAUCGGUAUUCCAUACACGCGCUAACUCGACGCAUGGCGGACGCUACUCAACAAUUCUUGGCGACGCGAGCGAGCAGGUCUCGUGCUUCCAUGCCUGAAAGGUGCAGCAAAUGAUGCUCGAAGGGCCACAGUAAUGUGCCACCCUCCGUGCCUUCGGAAGCGGGGACGACGAUAUAUGUCACUACCUAGCGGGGACACUAACAUUCACGCGUUGAACGAACGCUUCACGUGACACUCGUGACACUCGCUCUCGAGCUAGGAUGAUGAGUUACAGGCACUCGUGGUGAGGAGACUGGAGAAAAUGCCCGAAGCUAUUGCGAUCGCGACCACCAAACGUAAGAUCCUAGCCGCACUACACCUGCAGGAGCCAGCUGCGAAGCGCGUGAGACACAGCAGUUCCACGACCAGCAUAUCAUUAAACCCGGGAAACGGUAGCCAUAAGCCUUUACAGCCUCCCAACUUCUCGCCGUGGUCCCAAGAGCGGUUUCUCUCCAGGCUGAAAACGUUUAGCAGUGUCAGUCUGUGGCAUCCGAAGCCUGACGUUAUCGGGGAGGUGCAGUGGGCGAAGCGAGGAUGGGUAUGCGUGGAUGUCAAUACUGUGGCCUGUCGUGGUGGCUGUGAGAAGCGAGUGACGAUAGAUCUUGACGUGGUAGAGCGACCAAGCACAGUAGAUGACGUGGAUGACUCAUCGGACAACGACGGUUUUGAUGAGCGCAAUGCUGUCGAAGCAUCCCUUGUCGAGCGUUACCGAAAGCUCAUCGUGGAUGGACACGCAGAAACCUGCCUGUGGCGUAAAGGAGGAUGCCGGGACGAGAUCUACCACUUACCCGUCGUUAUGCCUGGUGUUUGGCAGUCUGAGCUGAGGAUUCGCUACUCUGCCGUACGCGCAAUUGAGAAGUCCAUCAAGGAUGUCAAUCUGGAGACCUCACCCCUCGACGGCUCAACAAUGCUACCACCAGGGCGCUUACUCUCCGAACUUGCAGACGUGCUCGAUGACCGCGAAGCGUCCGCUACAGCAACCGAAGACAGCAGGAUUAAAGCACUGCGGAUAGCCUUACAUGGCUGGAAAGGCUCAUCUGAAUCAGGCAAUGAGCUCCUAUGUUGUGAUGCUUGCUUUCAGCGCGUUGGCCUCUGGAUGUAUCAACCGGGCUACAAGACGUUUAGCCCAGAACAAGACGAUCCGAUCAAUGACAUUGCCGCAAUUGACUUGGCGGAGAUGCACCGGGAGUACUGUCCCUGGCGCAACGCGGACACGCAGAAGGCUACUGGCAUCCUGGAAGGUCUAAACGCAAGCCAAAUCUUGACACGAGUCGUGUCGACGUACGCUCGAGCGCAGAGACGGAAGACUGAUGCGGUGCACGGUUCGGUGCAGACGCACGACAUAGACGGCCAGACGGAGGAUGAGACUGGUCCGGAUGAACCAGUCUCGCCCAAGGUCUCAGCAGAGGAGGUUGCAAGGCAGGACAAAGAGCGCGAGUCUCGACUGCGCAGACUGAAGAGCCUAUUUGCAAUCAGGCGACGACCGAAGGAGUAACAUCGUGCACAACAUGGAGGUGUUCCCAUCCCAAGCAUGUAGUCUCAUCUCGAAACUGUGCUGGGCAAGCAGCAGCGUAAGAGUAGCCAUUGACCUUGAAUAUCAGCCUGUCGUUAGACUCGUCUUGCACGGGUAUGGCU